GGAAAAAAUGUUCAGUCUGAACGCUUGCAGUCAAGGGAAAUAACCUCGAAGCGGAGAGCGGCGUGACCGACGCCCGAACACAACCCCUUCACUUUUCUAUGUCUUGUCAUCUGUGAGUGAGACGAAGGUAUUCAGUAGCCGACUAACACAAACACGUUAUUACGGUGAGGUGGCAGUUCACCGCUAUGGCAGAAGUGAUUUUGUAGCCGUUGAGAAAGUUAUUUCUUUGGAUGUCUAGAGGAAACGGAGCCAGAAAAGGAGCUAUACCGAGCAUGUAGGCAUUCUCCACCCGCGUCAUGGGCUCAGAGGCAGUGGAGGACUGUGUACAGGGGGCGCUCUCAUCCCUUUACCCCCCCUUUGAAAGUACAGCCCCCCCUCUCCUCUCACAGGUGUUUUCCGUGUUGGAGUCGACCUAUCAACAUGACAGUCUGAGGUAUCUGCUAGACUACUUUGUUCCUGCCAAGCACCUCCUACACAAGCUUCAGCAGCAUGCGUGUUCUCAGUACCUGGGCUGUCUGUUCCUGCACUCUGGCUGGCCCCUGUGUCUGGGUGAGAAAGGUGGUGGUGCAGCUCUCCCACCCUGGACUGGAGGCUCCUGCGCAGUACCCGACUUCUACCUGCAGGUGGUGCCCUUCUCCACGCGCUGCCCGCGCCUGGCCCUGAAGUGCCUGGCUCCCGGGGGGCGCAACGUGCAGGAGAUCCUGGUGCCCGAGUCCCAGCACUCCUGGUGUUCACCUCCGAGUGGCUCCACUGCGUCAACAAGGAGAGGGGCUACCAGAGAGAGGGAGGUGGAGGGCUGGACACGUGUCUGGUCAGCACCAGUGACGGAGUGCUUCGUCUACCCUGGGAGGACGUGGUGUACCCCAAGUUCAUCCACAACCCCUCCGACAGCCUCCCCAUGUCCAUCCAGCAGACCCCCUCCCCGACCACCACCUCCACCCCAGCAACCUCCCCUCUUCCUCGGGCGGCUGGGGGGGGUCCUCCUCCGGGGAACCGGACACCUGGUCCUGGGACGAGGAGGACUACCAGGACCUACCUCCAGACGGGCUGGAUGAGGAGGUAGCUUUCCCCCCCGCCGACGGUGCAGCGAGGCUGGGAUGGGGAGGACAGGGAGGCCCCUGGGGCUUGAGGGGGACUUCACGGAGCUCCUGGAGCCCAGAUUGGGGCCCGACGGCGGGGCCGACCCCAGGCAGAGGUACCUGGAGAUGCACGGCAUCACCAAGACCAAGACGCUGCCCCUGUGCCGGAGGAGCAGGGCUAUCAAACUGCGGAGGGGGAAGGCCUGGGGGUACGGCAGGCUGGAGGGGGCCGGGGGCAGUAGAGGAAUGCUGGGGGGCAGGAGGGAGACAGGUACCCCCCCGCGGGGACUUGUUGCCCUCACGACCCCUGCCCAGGGUCAUCGAUCUGGGCCGGGGAAGGCGGUCCUGCCCCCUUUCCCUCCACGACUCGGAUGAUGGAGACAAGGCAUGCGGGGCCCCAGAGGGCCUGGGAAGCCAGGGGCUGUAUUUCGAGGGUCCUUCCAAGGAGAGGAGGCCUGGCGUGGG